AUGGACGAUGAUUCGAGCGAGGUGCAAGACCCCGCCAAGCUGUACCUCACACGACUGAGACUCGCACUCGCGCCGUAUACGGUGCACUUUCAGAGCCCAGGCUACAUCAAGGAUGAAAGUCUGCGGCUGCUAGAACGAGACGUAGUGAAAAAAACUCUCGAAGAGUCGCGGCGUAGUUUUGAGCUCCGUGAUGAACUGGGCCUCUCAGACCUAUUCUGGGACGAUCUCGCCGGUGUACUGAAAGCCGCUAUCCCCUCGCUCGAGCGACGCUGCUUCGCGGCACCCGACCCUGCCACGCCCGAAUACGAAGGCCUCUCAGGACCGCUGAUUGCCUCCUAUUCCCCAAGCCUGCUUCGAGACCUGGAGCGCCUGAACCAGCUAGUCUCUAUCGCGCGCAAUGUCCUAGUGGUCGGAGAGAAGGUCCAGGAUCUCUCGGCAGCGCGGCUGUUCGAUAAGGAUAUUUUUGCGCUGAUCAAUGUCUGCGUGCGAGUCACUGCGAGGGGCUACGAUGGCGAGGCAGGUACGGCAGAUGAGGACAAGUGGCAGGGUGUUAUCAAUGCCUACAAAAAACUUCUGAUCACAUGCCUGCAGUUCCUGAACAACCUUAUUGCGCGAAACGAGCAGCGGAAGCUGAUGCUCUGGAUCGAGCUCUUCGACAGCCAUCUAGACAGCGAGCUUCCCAAUUUCGCAGACAUGAAAUCGAGAAUGGACUUUUUGUAUCGAUUGGAGAAGAAACCUGAGCUCCCCGACGAGUCCGCGCCCGCUGUACCCCAACACGUAUCCCGUGGCCCUGAUGCUUUCAAGAUCCCGCAGCAGCCGGCUUCAUCCCCUUUCUUGCUAUAUAUAGGAGAAAUUGGCGCUGAGGUGAAGAAGUCGCUUAUCAAGAUGGGCGAGAAGGCUGGUGCAAAUGAAAUCGCGUCAGAGUGUAAAAGGCAGUGGCAGACCAUGACCGAAGAAGAGAAGAAUAAAUGGAACAUGCGCUACGCCGACGUUGUUGCACGCUACCGCGACGAAAUCACGCAGUCCAGCGCCUAUAAGCAGGUACUCGAGCAGCAGGCUAAGAACCAGGAGAGUGUGCAGGCACUUGCUCAGAGUAUUAAUCAGCUGCAGGUCGAAGUGGAUAGAAUGCGCUCUAGUAUUGCGGCCUCAAACAACGAAGCACCUGAAACACCCGAAGAACAAAAAGAGCGUUCGAUGCGAGCGCAGUCAAUAUACAAUCCGAGCUUAAGUCGGUCAUCUCCGGCAGGUGAGGUCGAUUUUCGCGUGACUUAUCCGCCCGCCUUUGGUGCCGAUAUCCUGCAGAACGGGAAAGAGGAUCUGCUGAAGCGCUUGGAGCCUGAUCCCGAUCGUCCUGCAGCGCUGACCAGCGACGUAGCCUCUCCCGCCUCGCCCCCGCCGGAGGACGACGACAACGACGACGAUUAUGAUGAUACCGGCGACGAGGGCCAUGGCUUACUCACAGACGUUCCACUUAUCCUGGGUCCCACCGAAAUCGAAGUACUGCCAAUGAUUAUCAUGGGAGGGAUCGUGGAACCCACCGAAGGGCAGCCUGGAUACCACCCCGACCCCAACCAAUACAGCAGCAUCCGAAGCAUGCACAGCGUCAGAUGCCACCUUCUGCUUGCCCAGGAUAAUGGGCGAAAUCUACUUCGGGAGCUCCUUAUUUUCGUUGCCGCCUGGGAUCUCCGAGAAGAAGAACUCUACUUCAAGUUUAUGGUGAAGAUUAUGGAAUCGAUACUUGCGAAUGGACUGUUACCUUUCGCAUAUCACGCUUUCCGUGAGUCCGAGUCAAAGGACAUCAUUUCUCCCGCUCAAGCUGUCAUCAUGAAGCUUUUGACCAACAUCUUCCGCGCACGCCAAGCUCGUACACCAGUCAAGAGUGUGCUCAAAACUGGAUCAUCUCCGGUGGACCAAGGAGAUGCACAUAUGGUCAACUUUCUGCUGACUGAGUUCCGCCGCCAUAUUAUCCCGCAAACUUGCGCUCUCAUCUUCUUGCAAGGCCAGAUUCGUGCCGGACAUGCGCAGCCAGAAGAUUUCCCUCUCAAUCUAUGGGACAUGGAGCGCAUGUACGAAGGCGUAUAUCAGUAUCUGGAGUUUUUCGCGAUCCUAACAGAACAUGAGACUUGGAAGUCCAUGCUCAGUAACUGGGAGGUGGCGAACGAGCUGGUGACUCUGCUGAAGGAGCUCGAUGCCGCUAUACCCAAGGGCCAGAUAUCGAUACCUCCACUAACCGCAGCUGCGCGACAAUCAACUUCAGCGCCGCCCACCGAGGCUGAACCACAACCAGUAGCUGUUGAGCGACCGUACGACACAGCUGCCAAUACGACUGCACCUGAAGGAUAUAUGCCAUCUCCUCGGCCCUAUAUUGAUGAAGCACAAGACGAACCGUCAGAGUUUGAGUGGCGUAAUUUGAAGAAGCUCGCUGUUCUCGUGUUGAGCUCCCUAGUGUGGAAGAACAGACAGGUCCAAGAUCAGAUUAGGCCGCUCGGGGGCAUCGAGGCGGUUCUCAAUUGUUGCUCAUACGACGAGCACAAUCCAUACAUUCGCGAACACGCCAUCAUGUGCCUCCGCUUUCUGAUGGAAGGCAACAAGGAGAACCAGGACCACAUCCGUGCCCUCGAGCGCUACGAGAAAGAGAAAGAAGGUCCCAGUCCGGUUGACCCACCCACAGCGCCUCAACCACCAACCAGCAAGCCGCCCGUGAGCGUGCGCGUACCCGACGAAGUACUGGAUCAGCAGGGGUAUGAGACGUUCAUGGAUUCCAAGGGCCAAGUCAUGCUACGCAAGCGCGAGGUUAAGCCACCAGUAGUAGGCAAUACUGCCAAAGGAAAGGCAAAGCUUGAGACGAGGGACCCAAAAGACCUUGAGCAGUUGGUACAGCAAGUCAUGCGUGAGUUGCCUGCAAGAGUUCAAGGCGUGAAGCAUGAUGCUGAGAAGGCGGCUGCGCUGGCGAAGCUCGAUAGAGAAUUUGAUGGCCCCGGCACGAGCAAGGGCUGA